UUUUUUUUUUUCUUUUUUUUUAAAUUUUUCAUUUUUGACAUUACUAUUUUGUUUAUCAUAUAGUUCUAUAUGGAAGUAUUGAAUUUUUUAUCUCGAGUCAAAGAUACAUUUACGACGCAAGAAUUCGCCAGUCUUUUACAACAACUCAGUACCGAACGGUUCUCUGUUCCGAUCUCACAAGUAUCGAUACCAUUACGAGCAGCGUUUCGAAGUCCAUCACGUAUUCAUCUCAAACCCGAGUUUGAUAGUAUGAUCAAUAAAGCGUUGACCGAUCCUGUGUAUGAAUCCAUGGUGACCCGUGUUGCUGAACAAUUCCAUCUCCUCUGUAUGGUGCAAGCCCAAUUCCCGAGAUCUGAAUUUGCUCACUUUGUUGACUGUUUCCAAUUCGACCAACCCAAUACAACAGAUGACCAAAUCCGCCAACGUCUUGAUCAACUACGACAACGUAUCUCGCCACGGUUAAGAGAAAGACUCGAUAGGAUCCUGAACCGACCAUGGGUAGACCAAGUGGAUACCAUGAUGGAAAACGAUGGUAUGGAUGACGACAUGGUAGAACCACCUGUUCCAACAACUCCUGUCUUGCACCCACAACCUUCUCCUUCUUCUGAAGAAGAAGCAGCAUGGAACGCUUUAUUGCAACAAGCUUAUAAUGCCUUGACCAAUGAUCCACAUUUAUGCCAACAACUGGAUGAUAUUCUCAAUAUGGACAAAUUGAAUGACAAUCCAUUUUCAACCACUAUUACCAAUAUAUAUGAAUGGAUUCAAAAUACCAAUCCUGCCCUAUGGGAACCUCUUAGUACAGUUUUGGAACAAAUGCAAACUGUACAAGAGGCAGAAUCAAGUCAAUAUGAAUCAUACGAAGACUUUGUACAAAGGAACUUUUUGGAUGGUGGUGGACAAGAAUAUUUGGAUGGAGAAAUCGAACAAGCCCGUGUACAACAUUUAUUUAGUAAUCUUUCCAUGUAGUUUAUUGUUUUUUUUUUUUUAUUUUUAUUGAUACCACUCAUAUCCUAUAUCAAAUAUUCAUCCAAAAU